CAAGAGCAUUAGUCGAAGUCAAUAUUUCCCAGCGCACUUUUCAUAUAAACCCUCAAACUAGAAUCAAUAUGAAAAUCUUCACAGCCGUCACCGUCUUUAUUGUCGGUUUCCUGGCUCUAGCCAAUGCUGCUCCCCUGUCGCCCGGUGGUGGAAGUGUUAUUAUCAAUGGCGACUGCGUGAACUGCAAUGUCCACGGUGGCAAAUAGAAAAGUUUUGACUUGGAAUGGAGAAAGGGAACUUAUCUCCAACCAAAGACCAUAUGUAUAUAACUCAUGUGUUUUAAAAUAAAACCUAGAAUCUAAAAAAAUGACAACAAGAAAAAA